CCUUCGUUUCUUGCCAGGAUAGACUGAGCUGCGUUUGUGUACUACAUCGGUGAAGCACACUUCCUUCAUGGUUACUUCGACACCGCCAAACAUGCUCAGCACACCUCACCCCUCACUAAUACGUCCCUCCACUUCUGGAGUCUUCAUCUGACUUCGUUCCCGGAGAGACUCGCCGCAUGGAAGCUUCCGCCUCUGUCUGCGUCAAAUGUGCUUCAACCAGCCAACCGCGGGCUUGGUCUGGCAAUCGCUUCCUCAUGCCUGAAAUACAGCACGGAGAUUCCCCAAGGCUUGAUGCCCACAGACCUUCGUUCCUCGAACUCUCGAUUCUGUUUCACCUAUUCUUGUUGCUUCAAGCUACCGGUUACAAGGGUGGGCUGUCACCGCGACUUGCUUCUUGCGCCAUUCAGUUGGGAGGAGUUCAUUUUUCACCACCCUCCAUUCCGGCUUGUUCGGACACGGCAUCGACUGUGGCGUCGCACAUCUCUCUUGAGUCCUCAACUUGUCGCCGCGGCCACAUCACAGAUUACCACUUCAGCAUGCCAUUGCACCAAUCAACAAACAUCAUGCCCCACGUCCUACCGUUGCUGCCGGUGUCUCGUUAAGGAGACACGCCCUCGAAAUUCAUGUUUCGGAAUAACUCGAUCCAGCUUCAUCGGGCUCGUGAGAUGCGGGCACCGUCAGCAUCGCUUCUUUCAAGCUAUCCCAGGACUCGUAUCUCGGCCCAGGGCUCCCACUGGGAAUCUCGCGCCCAGUUCAAUUCAUCUCUGUCCUUCAAUUGACUUUGCUGCGCCUCUCGGAACUGGACUGGAAUGAAAAGCCGUCCACACUUGGAGGCCAUUUUUCGCAACGUUGCCGAGACUUCCCUUAGGCCUGUACCUCUGGGUUUUUUUGUUAGAUGUUGGCCAUCUUCCCGAGGAGAGAAUCUUUACCAUCUCCUCGAGAUGAUGAAUCUACGAUGUCCACUCUAUGGCUGAUCCCCUUGAUGUUUCUUGACAAACAGAUGCUGCUAGGUAGCGCGUGAAGAUAAUCUCAUCCAUGAUCUCCAUCGAACGCGA